UAGCCCUCCAGGUAGUAGUGCAAUAUGGCCAAUGGUGAGGGAUGCUGGGAAUUGUAGUUCAUGGGCAUCUGGAGAGGAACCGGUUUUCCUUACGCAGCUUUAAUUUUCAAGGUUGGAAGAGAGCCUUGAAACUCACACUAGGCCAUCUAAAAAAGAUGAGAAGCACCAACUGCUGCUUUCUAAUGAAUACCAGGAGGGUUCAAAAGACCGAUGCAGAGAAUUAACAAAAACGUAGUAUUGGGCCUUCUUACUUUGACCAGCUCAAUCUUUCUCUUGUUCCAGUUGUACUAUUAUAAAUAUUAUCUGUCUCCAAAGAAUGGAGCUGUUUUCCCCAAGAUUAAAGGAAGCAAAGCAGGACAAGACAAUAGUCAAUGGCAUGUGGUUAGAAAAUUUCUGAAUUUGGUGGCCAGCCACAACAUAGUUGUGCAUCUGAUUGACCCUCUCCUUUUGGAACUGAUUGACAGAGACUUGGAACAGCUUCAGACCUUCUCUGAUGGCAGUCACUCAGAAUGCAAAUACUUCUGUACCCCACGGGAUUAUACCACCUUUGGACUACUGGACAAACCCUGGAAACUUGAAGUGAGUUUGUUUCAAGCGGCUGAGAGAAUGGGAUUCCAGUGGCUAAAACUUCAGAGUAAAGAUCCACGUUUGGAAGGCAUGGAAGAUCUGUCUGGAACAGAAGUCCCCCUGCACUACAUCUUCAAACAGGCAACUCAUGCCAUCCAUCUAGUAGUCUUCUAUGAGAGGAGUGGCAACUACCUCUGGCAUGGGCCGCUCCGUCUGAAGCUACACAUGGACAGGACUUUUGUGCCUUUCCAGAAACUACACUUUGGACGCUACUCUGGAGCCUAUGACAAGAUGGAAUUACUGACUCUUUCCAUUGAUGGAUUAAUAGUCCAGAUUCCAAAAGAGCCAUCUAGGUUCCUUGAAGAAAGGUCUCACUCUAGAUUUGUUGAAUGUCGGUACAGGGAAGCUCGAUCGUUCUUCCAGCUGUACCCUGAUGAUACGUCCCCCGAGGCAGUGGAAUUCAGGAAAAAAGCCAAGGCAUUGCUGCGUCUUGCUGCUCUGACACUGAACACUAUAGGAGUACAAUUCUGGCUGAGUAGCGGGACUUGUCUAGGUUGGUACAGACAGUGCAACAUUAUUCCUUACAGUAAAGACCUGGACUUGGGGAUUUUUAUUCAAGACUAUAAGCCAGAUAUUAUUACAGCAUUUCAGAAGGCCGGAUUACCGCUAAAACAUAAAUUUGGCAAGGUUGAAGAUAGUUUAGAGCUCUCCUUCCAGAGAGGAGAAGAUGAUGUGAAGCUUGACAUUUUUUUCUUCUAUGAAGAGGAUGACCACAUGUGGAACGGAGGAACCCAGGCCAAGUCCGGCAAGAAAUUUAAGUAUUUCUUUCCCAAAUUUACCCUAUGCUGGACUGAGUUUCUAGAACUUAAGGUACAUGUGCCAUGUGAAACCCUCCACUACAUUGAAGCCAAUUAUGGCAAAGACUGGAAGGUUCCUGUGAAAGUGUGGGAUUGGAAAAAUUCACCCCCCAAUGUCCAGCCUAAUGGAAUCUGGCCUAUCAGUGAAUGGGAAGAAGUAAUUCAGCUCUACUGAUUCAUCUGUAAGGUGCUGGCAUCAGAAGAAUAUUUGUUGACAAUUGCAUCAUGCCUCACCUAGAAAUCAUCAGCACUGGGAUGCUUCAUGGAUUUGCCACUGUUUCCGUGGUAGGAUGCAUGUGGAAAUCGAUGCACUGCAUCAUGGCUGGGUCUGAAUUUGAAUUUGAAGAAGCUGCAGCAGCAGAAUCUAUGAAAUCUCAGCCUCGAAUCACCUGAGGCUGAUCAAACAUAGGCCCUGCCUGAAUAGCCAAGCAAUCAGAUGAUGCAGCAGGCUUCCAAGCUCCCAUACCUGGUGAGGAGAGCAGAAAUCAAAGAAUAGAAUUCAGUGAGGCUCCUUGUCAAGCAAGAGAGUAAAUUUCUUGAUUAAAGGCAACUGGCUGCAGCCUGAUUACAAGGCAACCCAUUAUCCCUCAUUGGAAUCAACUGUCUGAUCUCCAGCUUUUGUGUGAUGUUUGUGUGAAAUUCUGCUCCUGAAAUUUUGACUUCUGGAUUGGCUGACAAUACUGACCUGGCUCUUGGAACUCUGCAUUGGAGUUUGACUGUUCUUCUGUCUGCUACUGUUAAAGAAAAUCUAUUCAGGCAAGCUUCUUUCAGAGGCUCUUCUUUCUGUUUGUAUUCCUUGUCUGCCGUUACCUCCUCAACUUUGAGUAAACUGCUAAUUUCCAUAGCGACUGUAUGUUGUGAGUGUAGAAUUGAAACCAGAAGCAGGACACACUGCUUCAGGAGCUUAUGUAGCUGAGGAUGGAAGAAUUCAAAAAGCAUUUUGUAUAAGUGUAUGUUUGUAUGUAUAUAUGAAAAUGAACAGUAGUAGUUAUUUGGAUGUUGUGUUCUGACAAACAUGCUUAUAGCAAGGAAGCAACAUUAUAAAAACUGGACAGAGAAGAUAUCCUAGCAGAUCACUGUAAAAGAAACUUUGUCAAUAGGCGGGGAAUACAGGAUUACCUCACCGACUGGCCAUAGUUGGUCAUUAAGUACAAUGAUAAAUGAUGAACUUACAUCAAUUCUGGCUGCAGUCAUUAAGUGAAUUUUGCCUGCUUAUUAAGUUUGAUAUGACUACAAUUUCCAGCUUCCUGCUGGCAUCCCCAUUGAUGUUGCUUGUUGUAGUGUUUGGUUUGUAAUACACAGAGGGUAUCUUUGGAUUUUCAUCAUUGUAUAUUUUAAAUUAAUUAUGAUGACCUAAUUAAGGAGAUUGAAACUGAAAAAAAGUGUUUAGCAAAUGAAUUGUUAAAUGAAACAGAACUAAACCUGGGAGUUACCAUAUACCUAAUAUUUAUAUGUGACAAGGGUAAGGGUAGUUCUAACUACAGGUAAUCCUUGACUUAUGACCAUUUGUUCAGCAACCAUUGGAAAUUAUGAUGGUGCUGAACAAAGAGACUUGUGAUCUUUGCUCAAGAGUUAUACCAUUGCAGCCCAUCCACACUCAUGGACUGCAUAGGUGCUGUAGCUCUCAUUUGCCUACUGUAUCUCCCCCCUCCCAUCUUUGCCCUUAAACAUCUGGGGAACUUUCAUGGUGGGGAAUGAAGCAGACACACACACACACACACACACACACACACACACACACACACACACGGCCGAGCACACAGUGGGGCCAAAAGGGAAGCUCCAAACCCCCAGGAGACUCCAAAAGAGCGAAGCAGCCCCCUCCUCUACGAAGCCUCUCUGCAAACUCUUCUCUGGCUGUGGCUGUUUCCAUUUCAAUGGAAAUGGCUCCUUCCAUUGAAGCUGCGCUCCUCUAGGAAUUGGUACUUGAUGGUUUAAACCCAGCAAAGUCAAGCUGAAACUUCUUAGGACUAACAGGCUUAGUAGCCAUGCCCAGAGAAUAGUUUGCAGAGAAGGAAAAAAAAGAAAAAAAAGCUAAAUUUUUGCUUUAAGAACCUGGGGCUGCUUUGCACAGCCUUGGGAUGCCAUAUUCUCUUCACACAGCCUUAGAAAAGUGAGGGCAGCUGGGUUUUCUCUACAAAGCCUUGCCCAGGAGCAUGGGAAAAGAUGCAUUGUAGAAUGCUGCGACUAACUGGCUGGCUUUAGCAUUUAUUUAUUUUUGCUUCCUUUUCCUAAAGGGUGGCCUCGUGGGAAGAAGAAAAUGGUUCAGGGCAGAGCAGGGCUGGGCAGAGAGGGCGGCUGGGCUGAAUAUUUCCCAGGUGUUUGCGACUUCAUGGGGAGGCGUGGCUGCUUCAAACCUUUGGAGUUUCCCUCCACAGGGCAGCUGCUUUGCACCCCACUGUGAGGCUUCCCCGGUUGUUGGGCCUUGGGGAGAGGGGAGGGAUGGCUGCUUCGUGCUCCACUGUGGAAGUUUUAUGCUUCCUGAGUGAGGUGCCUUUUGCUUGCUGCUAGGCCAGGCUGGGCGGGUAUAGCUACAGCUUCUUUCCCUGGCCUCCCUGCGCUCACUCCAUGCUGCAGCACCCCCAUAACUUGCGCAUGACCUGCAAUGGACCUCCCCAAGGCUCCCUCACUCUCUAAGGC